UAUUCGUUCAACGGGCGCUUGAGCGAACGGUUGUUGCUUUGUCUUUUAGCUUUGGCUUUGUAUCUUUGCAUCCGACGGAUACGCGAUUCGAUUUGAGCUGUGCCGCGACUUUGAGUGUGUGUGCGUGUGAAGAAAGAGCUAUAUUUAUAUAUACAUAUAUAUAUAUAUAAAUAUAUACAUAUAUAAAAUAUAUUUUGUUGCCGUUUUCUGGCUGGUGAAAUAGCCAUAGCAAUCCGCCAUCGUAAUAGCAAUAGUUUUUCCAGUGUUCAUUACAUAAAGUAUCAACGCCAAAAUUUAAAUAUCUCUGUAUAUACGCAUGCCCAGCGAGAAAAUCUUAUGCAAAUGCGUUUUCAAAAAUAAUUAAGCGCCAGCCUCGAAAUUUGGCAAGAAAGUCGUUUGCAGUGCCUCAGUGACUUUCUCGGGAUUUCUUGGAUUCAAUUCGAAUUUAGUUUGGAUUUCGGAUAUUUGGAUACUCAGCCGCAGUGCAACCUCUAAAUCAAGCCCGCUCCCCGUUUUAGCCAUGUGCCGGCCAUAAACCGAAGACACGCUUCCUAAUUGAAAACAGAGCCAGCUAAAUGGAUGCGUAGCAAGAGGCCAGAAGAGCGAGCGAGAGGGCGAGUGUGUGCGACAGAGAGAGCGAGUGCGAGACGAUCGUGAUUUGGAUUUUCAGCGUGAUAUCAAAACGGAGCGGACAGCAGUCGAGCGGUCGGUCGAGAAAACAAAACAAAAAAAACAAAAAUCACGCCAAAAUGUUCAACACCACAAAAAUGGUUUACAGUUAUAGAAUUUUAUGGCUUUCCGGCGUUUUACUAGGUCCUAUUUUGCUGGCCGCCAUUGCGGUUCAAGGCCAAGAGCCAGCCAGUCCAGUAUUUCAAAAUCACAAGACGAAGGAAUGGACGAAUUUAGAUAAUAUAACAUUCUCAUUCGAUUGCAAGAGGCGUUCUGUGGGCUUCUAUGCCGACAUGGAGUACAAUUGCCAGAUCUUUCACAUGUGCGACGAGGAGGGCAAUCGGAUUCCCCAUCUGUGCGCCAAUGAGACGAGCUUUAACCAGGAGUACAGAAUCUGUGAUUGGGACUACAACUUUAACUGCACAGAGUCACCCAAAUGGUUCUACCUGAACGAACUGACCUAUGCCACAGAUCCGCCAGAUGAAGAUGACGAGGAUUACUGAACGAUUUGCACUUAAUUAAAUAUUUAUUGUGUGUCUCCAAAAGCAAACAAACUAAUUAAAUUAAACGCCGUAUGCAAAACGCUGAGUAAUUGUAACUGAAAGCAAAAAAAAAAAAAAAAAAUAGUGUGAAAACCAGUAAAAUUCCAUCCAAAUGAGAUAAACUAAUUU